CAGGUUGCCUGCGGAGAGACCAAUAGACUACACUAGCUGAGAUACCUAAUCUCUUCGUGCAGCAUCCUCUCUGCUCUGUCCGACGAACAUCCGCGGAGCAGCGAAAAUCGCCGAGCCACGGUUACCGCAUCCGCUUUCGUCUCAUACUCGAAGCCCAAAAGGCCAUGACGGGGAGGAAAGAGCGAGGAGGCGUGCCUCCAGCACUAGUGGUGGCGGCAGGUGUCGGUAUGAUGUGGUGGGCGUGGGCUAUUCUCACUGGCUCCUCCCGCUCUUGGUGGCCGGGGGGGGACGAUGACGCCGCGCGUGUGCCUCCCGCCAGUGACGUAAGCACCGCCCCCGCUACUGCUAGCGCCGCAAUUGCUGGCGGAGCGGAUGCGGGGGAAGGCGUGACGGAGGAGGGGAGUGCGGAGGAGGGGAGUGCGGAGGAGGGGAGUGCGGAGGAGGGGAGUGCGGAGAGGGGGAGUGCGGAGGAGGGGAGUGCGGAGGAGGGGAGUGCGGAGAGGGGGAGUGCGGAGGAGGGGAGUGCGGAGGGGGGGAGUGCGGAGGAGGGGGGUGCGGCGGGGGAGAAAGCAGAUGAAAAGUAGAUCUGGAAGGGGUCCGCUGAGAGCUGAAGAGAUUGCUUGGGGUUGCGAUGCGAGGGGAGGGAAGUGCAGUGAGUUGGUGGAUAGGCGGAGGAGUGUGAGAAAAAACCUGUUGAUGGGAUGGGGUGUAUUGUUUAGUAAAAAGGCGGAGGGGUGUGGUGUGGGAGAAAGGUGGCUGAAGAAGGCAUGUGAAGAUGGUGUUGCAGGAUGCUCUAAGAGUGUAGCAUUCCUGAAACUUUGGUUACAACUUCAAUGGUAGAUAAGGUUAAAUCAGACAAGGCAUGCCUAAGAAGAAGGGUUAACAUGAGGAGCGUUCGUGUAUAUACAUUUAGUGCACAUCCGUCUGUGUGUGGUUGUUUCCAUCCAAAUGCUGUGUGGGGGUACAUGAUACAUCUGUUAGCAUCUCGUUGAGCUGUUCACUUGACAGGUUUCCUCUGUCAAACAUGUUUAUUGAUCAUGUUUGU